AUGAAACUGCAUUACUCUAAAAUAUUAUUAUUUUCCCUACCAUUAAAUAUAUUGGUAACAUCAUCAUAUGCCCAUAAUAAAAAUAAACCAUCCAUCACACCUCAUCAUACACCAAUUACUACAUCACGAGUAUUAAGCGAAUGUGACCUAUAUAUGCCUAAAUAUGAUAAUGAUGCGGAUAUGAAAUCAGUGAAGGGAACUUUCGAUCGACAAGCGUCGCAACGUUUUGAAGAAUACGAAGAACGUAUUAAAGAUAAACGCCAAAAACGUAAAGAAGAACGUGACAAAAAUAUACAAGAAAUUAUUGAAAAAGAUAGGAAGGACAAAUCAUUUGCAGAAAAAGUAGAAAAAGGUUGUCUUAGGUGUGGGUGUGGGCUAGGAGGUGUUGCAGCAAGUAUUGGAUUAUUCGGAGGAUUGGGUAUCUAUGCUUGGAGAAGCGCCGCUUUAGUAACUGCGAUUCAAAAGGGUAUUGAGGCUAGUGUUGAAGCGGGUGAAGCCGCAGGUACUAAGGCAGGUAAGGAAUUUGUUAUUGCAGCAUUACAAAAAAUGGGUAUAUUUACUGUAGGUGAUCAGCGAUUGGUAUCCUAUUUUAGUACAACGGAUUAUACUAGUGCGUUAAAGAUUUCUAGUGAUAUAAUUCAAAAAUAUGACCCAUCGUCAUGUUUUUUUGAUUUCUCUGGCGCUCGUGAGACUUUUUGCACUUGGGUGAAAGUAAAAUCUGAUGCUGCAGUGAACGUUGAACGGAGUACUGUUUCAACGAAUGCUCUUGUAGAAAAAGCUGUAGGAACUAUCGUCACAGAUGCCAAAACUGUUGUUGAAAGAGCUGUAGAAACGGCUACUGAUGAAGCUAUACAAAGAAGCAUAGGUGUAGUAGACGCUAAAUAUGCUAUUUGUCAGACUGCUAUAAUUGCUUCUGUUGUUGCAAUAUUGGUAAUAGUUUUGGUUAUGAUGAUAAUAUAUUUAAUUUUACGUUAUCGUAGAAAAAAGAAAAUGAAGAAAAAAGACCAAUACACAAAAUUAUUAAAUGAAUAA